AAUCUAGCCUCCAAAAUAUUCCCCUACCCAACAGCUCGAGGUCCUGGUGGCCUGCCGCAGGAUACAAAAAUGACACGAAACGGUACCACGUCUCUGCAGCACGACGAGAUGGACACGACGAGCCCGCCGAGUGGCUCCGGCUCCGGCACGGCGCCACCCACCACCGCAACGUCACCACCGGAUUACGCGACCGCGGCCACGCUACGAUCGACGCCCGCGCAAAUGUCGGCCGCGAUUACGGUUGAUUUGGUUGUUGCUGCGCAGAGAGAAGCCAAUUUUCUUCGAAUGAUCGACAGGAAAGCUCCGUUGCUCUAUGAGCCAGAUGUUGUGAACCACGCUUUGAGGAGAUAUGAAACUUUUUGGUUGCCGAUGCAGGCCGCCCAUCCGGACCUAAACGUAAUCCCCCCAUUGGAUGUUCACUGGGUAUGGCACACUCAUAUGCUCAGUCCGAUUCAUUAUCAAGAGGACUGCGAGAAGCUUGUCGGCAAGAUUAUCGAUCACAAGUUGCUAUCAUCAGACGAGAUUCAGAAGAGGUACGACAGCAGUGUCCGCGCUUGGGACUCCUACUGUAGUGCCGAGCCAUACGACUUUCUGGCAAGUCAGACUCCGCCAACGGCUUACAAAACCAAGUGCAACUAUGAUAUAGCUGGAGCAGUGCAACGGCAGAGGAACUUUAAUUAUCAGGUUUCACUGCCUCACUACACAUCUGCAAAAUUUCUGUCGGAUGCGGUGAAGAGAUACAUACAGUUCUUGUUGUUGAAGCAAACAUAUGCAGAUCAGUUUUUGACGCCGUGCUAUGAUUUUGAUAUCAUUUGGCAUACACAUCAGGUCCAUCCAUCGAGUUAUCUACGGGACUGCACAGCAAUUUUCGGAUCUUUACUGAAGCAUGAUGACACGGUGAAUGACAGAACCAAAGGGAGCAAGCUAUUAAAAGGCGAAGCACUGACCAAAAAACUCUGGACCACACACUUCGACGAGCCAUUUUGGAGGCGUGGAUGCAUGUUCCGAGGGCACAAUGCUCCGGCUUUUCUUGGAUUCGAAUCACAGGAUCUGGCGUGUAUAUCCUACGGGGAUAUUCAUGUUCCCUCAAUCUCCCUGAAAGAUAUUCCAGUUCAACGGGAACAGUUGAGGUUGAAGCUAUGCUAUGGAAACAAGAAAGUCACCACGUUCAACGCAGAUCUCUCUCAGAAACAGGUCACAAAGUCUGGAUUCUCACUUGUUUGGCAACCCACGGAAAGUUCAACUUGCGCUUCUAUAGUCAAAUUUCCGUUCGAAAGACGAGCCGCCAAGGAUUUGACAGUGGAACUUGAAAUCUUUGAUAAAAUGUUCCUACAGCGGAAGGAUCUCAUUAAGCUGAUCGGGAAGGCAACUCUAGAUCAGCUUCUGCCUCCAAGUAACUCGAAAAGUGCUCAUAACGUGGCAGAGCUUCAGUUAAAAGCAUCGAAAGAUUCUGAAUUCACAGCGAAAGUUAAUGUAACAACGAGUGUGAAUUUGAAUCGAGAACUGCAACUUUUGGUGGGCGAUUUUGUUGAACGACAGUUAUCGGCGGACUCUCAUCUUGCUUAUCUUGCACAAUGUGCAUCGCUGAAUCGAGGAGCUUUGAAUGCUAAUUCCACGGUUCAUAUUGCGUCUCACAGCAUGGUGGACACCCGUGACGGGACCAAAUACACAGUACAAGUGAUCCAUUCGGCACCGCUACUUCUAUCGAUGAUCUUGGUAUACGGGCGGGAGCAACGGUUGCUCUCAAUGGCUCAUUUGAUCGGAGCAGAUUCACUUCCAUCUCGUGAUCAAUUGGAUAAUAAUUUGGUGCCUUUCCUGCCGCAUCUCUCAAACGCCGAAGAACGAGCUUUUGUGAUCCUUAACAAGGAAGGCGACUACGCGAUCAUAAAAGGAAAAUGGUCAGGAUUUUCAAGGAAACAAUCAGCAACAAAAGGGCAAAAGGCAAAGCCAGGAAAUCCUGGAAGGCUUCAUGUUGAUGCAUUUAAUCUGCUGAAGAAUACAGUUCAGAAGCUAGAAGUUCCAUCUGCAGAUGGUUCUGCUUUGUUCUUAAUUGGAGAUGCUCAAGCUCGUCUGCCCGGGAAGCGAAUCGAGUGCAGAUCCACUAACACUGCUGAACAGAUUGCCAGUAUAUUCUGUGUGGCGACUCUUUUUGUUCUAUGUAAUCCUGACAAAAUACGAUCACGAAAUGAUAGUACAUCGGUUGGACAUCAAGCACACAAAUGGCCACUGACAUUGGCUUGUGGGUAUGGAAGACAGUUGCCGACGAAUCGGUUAUUGUUGUCGGCAGAUCAGGAUGGACUUGGAGGCUGCGAAAUCGCUCCAAUGCUAAUGUGCGGUGUCGGCUGUGACGGAGCGGCGUGCGGAGCCUGCGGAGCCUGUGGUGCGUGUGGUGCGUGUGGCGGAUGUGGAGGAUGCGGAGGUUGUGGUGGAUGCGGUGGAUGCGGUUAGAAUAUCAUUUUAUUUUCUUCGACUACAAACUACGAAAAACUACAAACUACAAGCAAUCAUUAUCACAUCACAAAACACACGCACUUUCUCCGUCUCUCUUUCAAUUUGUUCUUCCCCAUUUGGAAACAUUCCACACCACAUAUGACAUCAAACUAAUUAUAAUAUUUUAUUCACUGCACCACCACUCCAAAAUAUUUCAUUUGAAGACUAUCAUGUGAUCAAUACUGUGUAUUUAUUUGGAUGUCUCUCAUUUAUUUGUAGAUUCAUUUCUUUUUUUGGAAAAAAUAAACUUGUUUUUGGGUGGG